AUUUUGAUUGAAGUUGCUACUGUAUUAGUUUUAAUCCUCAUUUUACCAUACAUACCCCCAGAUAUUAAUUUUUCAAAAUCUUAUAUUGUUAAGCCUGCAUUACCACUUGAAGGUAAAUUAGCUUUAAAUGAAAGAUUAAAUGAUACUGUAAAAUGGCAUGAGGGUGAAAUCCUAGGCCCAGAAGCAUUUGCAGAAUACAAUGGAGAAAUAUACACAGGUGUUAAUGGAGGAGAUAUUAUUAAAAUAAUAGGUAAUCAUAUUACUCCCAUUGCAAAAUUUGGCAAACCUUGUAAAGGUUUGUAUCAAGAGAAAAUAUGUGGUAGACCUCUUGGAAUGGUUUUUGACAAAAGUGGACUUUUGUAUGUUGCUGAUGCUUAUUAUGGAAUUUUCAAAGUGGAUGUUAAAACAGGUAAAAAAAUCUUAUUAGUAUCAAUGCAAACAGAAAUUGAUGGUAAACAGCCAAAGCUCCCAAAUGGCAUUGCUGUAUCCAGUAUGGGAGAUGUCUACUGGUCUGAUUCCAGUACUGAUUUUUAUUUAGAGGAUGGCAUGUUUGAUAUGUUUGCUGAUGGUACUGGAAGAUUGAUUAAAUAUGAUCCAAAAAAUCAAAUGAAUACAGUCCUAAUUGAUGGCAUUCAUUUUGCCAAUGGAGUACAUCUAUCAGAAAAUGAAGAAUAUGUAUUGGUGGCUGAAACUGCAAAUAGUCGGAUUCUUCGUUAUUAUUUAAAGGGCCCCAAGAAAGGAACACAUGACGUUUUUCUAGAUCAACUUCCAGGCCUGCCUGACAACAUAAAUUCAGACGGACAGGGUGGUUAUUUCUUCCCCUUGUUCAUUAGCAGAAGUCCUGAUUUUCCAUUUAUUAGUCAAAUAUUAUCUCCAUUUCCACGGCUGAGAAAAUUAAUAUCCAGAUUGUUUGCACUUCCUGAAUUAGGUUUAAAGUUGAUUGACGACUUUUAUCCAAAUGAAUAUGCACAAAUAGGUAUACAUCUUAUCGGCCAUUUUGGCGCAAGUGACCAUCUAAACGGUGUUUUAACGCCAAAACGUACCACGAUAAUACGUGUAUCCAAAAACGGAGAAAUUCUAGAAAGUCUUCACAGUACUAACUUAAGUAAGGUGUCCCGCAUCUCAGAAGCAUUCAUUUAUAAAGACAGCCUUCUGCUUGGAUCUCCCUUCAACAAUUAUAUUGGUCGUAUAUCAUUAAAAAGUGCGGGACUGCAACAUUUAAUUAAUUCUGCUGGCACUGCACAAAAAACAACCACACCCCCCACAACAACUACUAAACCUCCCACAACAACAACUAAACCUCCCACAACAACAACUAAACCUCCCACAACAACAACUAAACCUCCCACAACAACAACUAAACCUCCCACAACAACAACUAAACCGCCCACAACAACAACUAAACCUCCUACAACAACAACCAAACCUACAACAACAACCAAACCUCCCACAACGACAACAACUAAACCCACAACAAAGACUAAACCUCCUACAACGACUACAAAACCCCCUACAACAACUAGUAAACCUCCUACAACAACCAGUAAACCUACACAAGCCAGUACAACAACUACUACUAAACCUUCUUCAACGACUACUAAGCCUCCAGCAACUACAAAGAAAUCACCUUCAGCGGCGUCAACCGCAGAACCUUCUACAAGAACUAAAACUCCUCCAUCAUCAUCAAAAUCUCCAUCUGAAUCUCAACCUUCAGCUGCAGAAUUUCAAAAACAGGACAAGACCAAGACCGAACUGUAAGCUGUUUAAUUUAAUUUUUCUUAUAUUUUUAGUUGGAAUUCGACGGUUUUUUGGUUUAUCUUUUAAUUAAAUUGUUUAUUUAUCGUGCAAAGUGAUUAAUUAAAAAUAUUGAUCUUGCUCACGUUUAAAAAAAGAUGGGGCUAUGUGUAUGUAUAUAUUUAUUAAUUAAUUAUCUCAUCGGGUAGCUAUUCAUGUCUAUAUUAUUUAUUAUUACUAUUAUUGAUGAUAUGUACCUCAUUCUCAAUGUUUUUUUUUGUUAUUUUACAGUAAUAUGUUAUCUUUAUUGCCACUUAUAAAUAUCUAACAACUAAUGCAAUAAAAAAAUCAAAAGGUGUUACAAAAUUAAGGGCAAUAAGUUCUACCAAUACAGGGUGCUGUUAAAUAAUUUCUUAUAGCUAAAGGGUAUUUUGUUGCUUUUGUUUUUAUAACUUCGUUAAACACUUACUGAAUUAUUUUCUGCUUUUAAAUAUGCUUUUUAUAAACAUUAAAUAUUUAUUAUUUGCAUGACAUCACGACCUUUCCUCAUUUCACAUUCUCAAAAGAAGUACGUUUCUAGAUAUCAAAUUUAUUUAAGAUAUUUCAUGUGGAUGUAGUAACUGCUUCUUUAAGCAUUCCUAAAGUAAUUGAAACAUUCCGAUUUACUUUAUCUUCUAAAACUGUCCAUAUAAAGUCAAUUUUUAUUGCAAAGACGUUCAUCUUAGAUUUAGAGAGUAUUUUGUUAAUUUUGUGUAUAAAUAUCAUUAAUUGAAGGUGAUUGUGAUAUUUGUUAUAAUUUUUUAAUAAUAAAAUAAAUAUGACUCGAUGA